AUUAGCUGUCUAGCCCAUGUUCCCGGUCCCCCUGAUCUUGACUCGAGUAAACGCUCGAAUAUAACGCUUAAAUAUAAGUAACGCGACUCUGAAUACCGGCCACAGAGAUUUUCUUGAGAUUUCGAAAAAUUUGUACUACCGAUGAGCUGGAGUAGUAUAACUUGAACAAUAAGUUAUCAAAGUACAAAGCACGAAUGAGACGAUUGAUUCCUCUUAGCCUCCUCGAAAAACGAAGUUCUAAAAGGAGACUGGCUGCGCGGCGGCGGCGGCGGCGGCGGAGGAAAGAAGACCAACGGAAGGAAAAAGUAAAAAAGAAGCGACACGAAGCACGGCGCGAGGCUUGAUGCACUCGUGGUGGAGGAACAAAGAGAAAGUGAGAAAAGGUGUAGGAAGGAAGAAGGGUUCGAUGGAGGGAGUACAGGUGCGGCUGGCUGUACGUCGUCCGGAGCGCUCCAAGUGUAAAGCUGUCCGUCGUGGUCGUCGAGAGGCAAAGUCCUCUUUUCUGCUCCGCCGCCACGUUCUUUACGUUCAAUCGCGCAAGUCGACUCGUUUUCGGUGUCGCCAACAGGUUGCCUUUCCACGUUGCGUUUGGUUCUUGCGACCACGACGAAUUCAAACUAUAGAUCUCGUCUUAUUCGCCUUGUUCACGUGUCAGUUCGACGACCGAGUGUAUCGCUCGAGAGAUUUGAGGAAGCGGAGAUAAAGUGAUAUCCAGAUUUCGGGAGCUGUUCGAUGAAACAUGAGAGCAAGGAAAUUCCUGAGGUGAAUUUGCCGUCAUAUCAGCGGGAGGAAUUGAAACGAUGAGUUUAACGUUCGAAAGCAUUAGAUAGAAGCCAGGACGAUAACUCUUGACGCAAGAUGAAGAAAUACGGAUACGCGAUACUUUUUCUAAUAUACGCGUCCACCGCUGAAUUAUCCAAUAAUUGCGAUGACCCUAACUUGCAUUCGUUGGAAACGUUGCAAACCGCGAGACUGAAAUGCGGUCCGUCCUUUAACAAUAGCUGCCUCUGCAUGAGGACAUGCUAUGAGAAUCAUUAUCAAUUCGUUGUCAAUUGCACUGAUUCGGGAUUCCGCGAUGCGACACCGUUGUCACAUUUGCCGAACGAGACGCAGGUCCUCGUGUUCACCGGGAACUACCUCGAAGAGCUUCCAUGGAACGUGUUCGGUACACUGGACAGUUUGCCUUAUUUGAGAGUAAUCGACAUGUCGAACAAUAAAAUAAAAGAGAUCAGAGGAAAAGCGUACCACCACGUGCGACGGGUCGAGCGGCUUAUUUUAGAUUUCAACGAGCUGUCGUUGGACCCCGCGAGGAGUCACCCGAGGGUGUUCUCGAAUUUCGUAUCGCUGUUGGAGUUACAUUUAACCGACGCUUUCGAGGACGGACCGCCGCGAGACCUCGCAGAAACGUUGCACGACAUUUUCGUCAACAGCAAUCUGACGCAGUUGAUAAAGCUGCACUUGGAGCAGAACGAGAUAUCCGAAUUCCGGGACAGCAACGUGUUCUGUGAUCUGCCGAUGUUGCUCGAUUUGUAUUUGGGCGACAACGCGCUCACCGCGUUCCACUUCAACGUGUCCUGCCUCCACAAAUUACGAUUCUUGGAUUUGCAACGAAACAAAUUCGCGAGAGUCGCAGAACGCGAUUUGCACGCGAUGGACGCGCUUAUUAAGCGGAAUCAGAACGUAUCGGUUGACUUUACUGGAAAUCCGUUGGAAUGUUCGUGCAAGCUGAACCCGUUCGUCGAGUGGAUGAAUAAGACGAAGGUGUUUAUUCGCAACAAGGACAAUCUGAAAUGCUUCGAGGCAGCAGCAGCAGCAGCAGGUGAUCCUGGGAAACCUCGCGAGAUUCACGAGACGAAGAAUUGUACACCGAGAUUGUUCUCAUCGUCCCCACGGGGUGCUGCGACCGUUUUAUUAUUCUUCCUUAGCGUAGUGUUAAUAGCACUCGUCUGCGCCUUGAUUUACGUGCAACGGGCGAAACUGCGAAAAAGGAUCGAGCCUAUAUUGGACUCGGUGAACAAGAGGGUACGGUACACCUCGAUAGCUACCGGUGAUAAUCGCGAAGACGUAUAGCGAAUGUAUACUAUAACGGAAUCAACUUUGACUAAACGCCUUCGUCUUGACGAGGUCGUUACGUCGUACCCGGAGCUGGGACCUACGGUCCCGGACGGUGGUUACGCGUGGAUCGUUCUUUGCGGGGUAUUUCUGGUGCAAAUGACUGUCCCGAGUGUAUUACCGAUGUACGGGGUAGUAUUGGCACGCAUACGAGAAAUUCACGUGUCUUCGAUCGAGUAUAUAUGGUACCAACAAAUUGUACUGACGCCGAUACUGUUCUCUGCGUUUUGGACUCUGGCAGAUCCUUGGUCGAGAAUAGUCGUGAGUAUGGCACCGGUGCCUUGUCUCAUUGGAAUAAUAGGCGUAAUGCUGAUGGUGGUCGGGAUCAUAGCGUCGGGAUAUCUUGCGACCGGUGGAGUCGGUGCUUAUUUGGCCAGCACUAGCGCAGGAGCGGUGAUGGGCAUAGGCGCCAGUUUCGUUAUGCUGUUGAGCGACCAUGUUCUUAGGAAAUUCUUCAGGAGGAAGCUUCUUGUCGCUCUAACGUUGAGAAACGUCGGGACUUCGUUUGGUUUCGUAAUCAUACCGUGUAUCACGAGUAUGUUGCUACACGAGGCAAGUUUGAAAACCGGUCUGCAACUAAUGACCGCGUUCCUAUUGCUUCCUGCAAUCGGAACAACGACCUUCCGGCUGCCCUUAGAGCAGCAGGCCUCUCCUUACAGUUUGCUCCUGUCGACCGAGGAGGACACGGAACUCCCUGUCAGAAUUCCUCCGGACCUUUCUUCCGCCGAAGAUUUACAGAAAUUGAACGGCCAGCGACAGGAUUUGGAAGAUGAUCAAGAAGCGGAGCGGUCGCGCAUUGACGGACAGUCGUCGGGUGACGGAAGUAAUAUGUACGCGUACGAGGACUUUGACGAGGACGUGGAUCUGUUUGUGAAUCCGAUUCUUCCCGAUUCGGACGGCAAAUGGAAACAGCGGCGACAGCAGCAGCAGUUUCAGAUGUUCAAGAAUUGCCGGUUUUGGUUCGCAAUCGUCGGUUGGGUCGGGAUGAAAGUGUCCUUCCUCUUCUUCUGGAUACUGUUACCCAUUUUAGCUUACGAAUGUUACCACGCUUGGAUCUCCGUGUCCGUUACCGCUGGCUGCUCUACCCUUCUGCCAAAUCUGAUCAGUUGCAGGGUACUGAAGCUUACGAGUCAAUAUAGGAGAUUAUACUUUGGCAUGGCAUCUUGGCUUUGUGGUGUCGGUUUAAUAGGCUUGGGGUACGCGAGCAAUUAUUGGUGGCUAACGAUUUUUACCUUUCUGGGCGGCGUCAGUAUAGGUACUUUAUCGAGUUGUGAGGACGUAGCUCUGUAUGAUGUUCUCGGGACGGAAACGGUCCGAUCUGUUCACAAAGGAUUUUCAACUGUAGUCGGUCUUUGCAUGCUUCUCUUCUGUUUCGCACGCAGCACGACUCUCUGUUUGAGUCUAGCAGCUCUCUUACAAUUUCUCGGUGGACUAUUUUGGAUCUCGUCGCCUGCCUUGAACUUGAUCCUGAAAAUCACAAGUUACAGCUCGGCUCGAGCUAAGAACAGAGCACGGGUAGACGGGGAGACGUGAUUACAAUAGUUUUAACAGUAUUAUUGAUACACUGAUUUUACAGUACAUCUUAGUUUAACUGUAUUUACAAAAUUCGUAUUCAUAUCGAUCACAAUAAUCUACAUAUUUUAUUCUGGAUAUUUUUUUAGAAAUAAAAAUAGUUUAUACGCGGUGUAUGUAUGUAUAUAUAUAU